AUGUCAUCCAACAACAACUCCAGCUCGGGCAAGGCCGACACCGCCGAGGACUCCCGCGCCGACCUCAACGCCGCAGUCGAGGACCUCCUGAACUCGCUGUCUAACAAGUUUGCCGGCGUAUCUAGUGAGAUUUUCGCAAAGAUGGACGAAAUGUCUCGUCGCCUCGAUAGUCUUGAAGCUGAGCUUCGCGCUGCUAAGGAGAAAGACUCGGGUUCCUCGUCUUCUGCAAAGUAG